GCGGAAGGGUAUGUCUUUCAAAAAAGUCAUCAUGCUGCCGGCUGAGGAUUGGCGGAUCCCAUGUAAAGGGCGGGGCUAACGAUGUCGCCACAGAUGAGGGGUGUGCGCUCCCCGUCCCCUCCUCCCCGGGCGCGAUCGGCGCUCUCCGCGUGACCCGGUCACGUGCGCCGCCUCCCCUCAGUCAGCCAGAGGCGCACGAACUCUACCCCGCUAUCUUCCCGUCAGGCCGUGCUCGGCUGUGGCUGCUCGGGCGGGAGGCGCUGUUGGCGCCGCGCUGUGGCCGUGAGGGGAAAGCGCCUCACAGGACCUCCCCGUCCUCCUGCGGCAGGUGCGCCCUCACGGCGUUCCUCAGCACCUCCCCGCCGUUCUGAGGGGGCCAGGAGUGGUUCCCUCGCCUUCUCUCGGCUGCGAUCUUCCACACACAGUUGCCCUGUUUUCCUUCAGUUUUAUUUGAGUGAGAUCAGCAGUAGAACAUGAAUGACAGAAGGCAUCAGUCUCUAUUCUUUGCCAGUCUGCCAGAUCUGCAGAAACUCUGUGCUGCUACAAUAACACUGAGCCCCCAUUUAUCAGAAAGCGAGAUGAGGAGCACUCAGAUAAAAGUCUGCAGACAGCUAAUAUUCCUGUAUCAAGACAUCCUUUCUGCACCUGUUAUUGGAACAUUAAAUCAAAUUUCAGUUGUCAUGGCGAUACCAUUCUACAAAUCAGGAUUAUGUGAAGCAUAUGUAGAGAGACAAGGAGCUACUCUGGAAGCACCGCAAAAAGUUAAUCCAGCCAUCCUCCAAACCUGUCUCUCCUACACACUUACAGCCAGACUUACACCUAAGUGGAACAAGGCUGGUCAUCUCCUAGUGCAAGGAAGAGAUUUUUUGUCUCAAAUGGGAAGGCAAAAUGCAGUCGUUCUAGACAUCAAUGUAUCAGAGGCACAGCUUUGCAUCAGUGUGGAGGCCUGCUCAGUUCGGUUACCGCCCCCCAAGCUGGAAGAUUUUGAUAUUUCGGCUAACAUCCUAAAGCUGUUUGAGAGCAAUGAAAACACAGUUAUUGACAGUCAUUCCAUAUUAACUAACUGGUGCUAUGUUUUGCCAAGCAUGAAAAUGGGUCAGAUCAUAAACAUCAGCCGUAGAAUUCCUCCAGAAUCUCCUUUCCACUCAUAUGAAGAAUUUCAGAUGCACUGGAAGAAUCUGUAUGGAUAUAUUCUUCCUGAGGAUAUUGAUGAGAAAGAAAUAUACUUGAGUGUUUACUUCAAGCCAAUAGGGGAAAGGCUAUUUACGUACCCUCUAAGAUGCAUUCGAAGUCAGCCAGUGCAGUAUUUCCCUAGAACAGACUCGGGAAGUGUGUUGAACUCUUUUAUUUCUGAUGUGAAGGCUAAGUUUUCACAUCUGUGUGGAUUUCCAGUAAGGAUGUCAAGGAAAGCACUUUAUGCUACACAGGAACUCUCCCGGACCCCAGCGUGUGUAAGGUUUUUGUUAUUUUUUCUUAAUAAAAAUACUAGUGGCAUGUAUUCUGUUUCUGAUUUGAAAUAACCUUUGUCAUAUUCAGAACUCAGUGACAGCAUGAAUGCAUACUUUUUACAAUGAUCAAGUUAUUUUUAAUAAAUGUGUAAUGUGUCAUUAUUUUACAUUGUUAUAUUGUUGUUCAGUUGAAAAAUACAUUAAAAAGGAAAUUAGCAUUAGAAUUA